UAAACUGUGUCAAUUACUUACCAGCCCUGUAACAGAAAUAAAAAAUCUUGUUGCGGAAUUUUUAUUCGUUCUAUGUAAAGAAAAGGUUGGUAGAAUGAUUAAGUAUACGGGAUAUGGAAAUGCAGCUGGAAUGUUUGCAACAAAAGGUCUGAUGGGACCAGAACAUGCUAAAAUUGAUUAUUCAUCUGAAUCUGAGGACAGUCAAACUGAAGAAUAUGAAAAAGUGAAACACCAAGUCAAUCCAGUGACAGGUUGUUACGAAAGUCCAAAGAAAAAUCCUUUAGAUGGAAUGACCGAGGAGCAAAAAGAAUAUGAGGCAAUAAAAUUAGUACACCUUGUAGAUCAAUUACAAAGGGAUGGAGUGAUUCAGCCAUGUCGUAUAGGAGAAGAUGGGAAGCCAAAACCUAUUGAACAUGUGCUAGAACUAGAAGAGCAUUUACCUCGUCAACAAUUCCGGAAACAAGAUUCAGAUUCUGAUUAAUGUGAUAUUAUUUACUUGCUGAUUGGGCAUACAUUUUUAAAUCAUACAUCGGUGUUGUUUUAUAUAGUUUAAUGUAGACUUAACAUUUUACAUAUUAUAUAAAAUGUAUUGAAUG